AUGACCAGCUUUAUCUCUAUGCUAGGCUGGGCCUUUCUCCCGGGGCUCGCGACUUCGUGGGCUCAGACAAUCUACUACGGCAUCACGAUCCGAGCCGGCGACCCUCGACCGACUCCGGGUACAGCACGGUACAGCUCUCACAGGCGGGUGAUCCACAUGCUCGUGGUGUCGGCGUACCUGGCCUACACCAUCUACGAGGCCGACCAUGAGAUCCGGGCCGCGUCGUCCUUCUACGCCGACCUGGGGGUGGAUGCGACGUCGACGGAGCGGGAGAUCAAGUCGCGCUUCCGGCGGCUGGCGGCCCUGCACCACCCGGACAAGGCCGGCGGGACGGGCGACAGCUCCCAGGCAGCGGCCGACUACUUCAUGCACCUGAAGACGGCGAGCGAGACGCUGCAGGAUGCGGCGCGGCGCUUCGCUUACGAGCGCUUCGGGCCCGACGUGGUGCGGUGGCAGCGCUGCUCGUCGGUGCGCGACUACGUCUCCCACGGCGUGCUGCACGGCGUGCUCCCGCACUACGCCGUCGCCGCCUCGGCCGUCUACGUCCUCGGCCUGCUGGGGUACAUGGACUUUGCGCGCUUCUACCGCUGGCUGCUCGUCGCCCUCGUCCUGUCGCUCGAGCUGCACGCCGUCACGCGCCCGCGCUUCCCGCCCUUCCUCGAUGCCGUCAACCGCGUCGUCGCCGCCUUCUCCUCCAGACCCGCCUACCUGCCUUUCCAGAUCGUCGCCCUCGCCCGGAAGCUCACCGUGACCGUGUACAUUGCCCUGUCGCAGAUCGGCCCGCUCCUCGUCGCCCACCUCGAGGCCAGCGGCGGUGGGAAGCAACCGGCCUCGGCCUCGGCCUCGGCCUCUGCCAGCAGCAACCGGGACCCCGAUGCCGCUCUCGCAGAGUCUCUGGACCGUCUCGACGCCCUCGCCGCCAACCUGGACAGGGACGCUGCGCGUCUCGUCGACGUCGAGACCGCCCCGUUCAAGAACGACCCUGCUGCUGCCGCAAACCUGCGCGGCAAGAUGCGCGAGUGGCUCGUGCAGAACACCAUCCGGGCCGACCCCAUGGUUCGUGACGCCGUGGGCUCAUCCUUCAGGCGGAGGAGGAUAGAUGCUCCUGCUGGUGCCAGGGGGACUCGUUGA